AUUCACUCACUCAGUGUGUCAACAACAGAGACACAGCUUCACACAGCAGAUUGUGUUUGAAAUCUUGGUACAUUAACUCAAGUUCUACAGUUUUGAGAACAGAAUGAGUGUUUUUGACCGCCUGGCACCUUUGAUCCCUCAAGUAUCUGCAUCCUCCCGACAGACAAAGGAACAGCCAUCGGUCUGUUUGUCACCUCCUGUCUCCCUCUCCUCUCCUAUCAUCAAAAAGAAACCCAUUCAAAUCCCAUCAUUUGAUGAGAAAGGACUCAUCCAUGAAAACUCAAAACAGUCAAACACAGACAGGUCUUUUGUUCCAAUUUGUUCCUCCAAGACAUUCAGUCGGCCCUCUUGGAGUAAAUCAUGUCAGUAUUCACAGAGAAACCACGCAGAAAGGGCUUCAACCCUCCCAAGAGCCAAGCCCAAAACAUAUAACUCUCCAACUCUCUCUGCAAAGCCCAGAAUCUCCAUUUUUCCUGCUCCAGAGCCAAAUUCCUCUCCCACUCUCUCCUCUCUGAAACCAAAGCCGAGUGAUUCUCUUCAUCUCUCCGCCUCACAGCUGAGUGAUCUUUCUCCAUUACUGCACCAGCCUCAACCGAAGCCAAGUGUAUCUCCAACUCUGACUGUCCCAACACCCAGACUGAGUCCAUCUCCAACUUCUCUGUGCAGAGGGAUGAGUUUGGAUAGCCAAGGAGGCAAGCGGCCCUCUCCUGUUGCUAAAGAACGACGUGCUAGAUCGAUUACUAUAUCAAAUACUAAAGUUGAGCCUGAGUCCAGCAAACAGAGGUCUUCAAAUGAGGCAAAGCAUGACGUUCUUGACCAAGAAGCUUUACUGGACUUUACUCACCCUGCAUUGAGAAGAGUUUGUCCCAUAACGUGCAGAGAGUCUCAACAUCAGACUUACUCCCAGAGACAAGCAGCCACGUCUCAGAAUUCCUGCUUUUUGCAAGGAAAAGUUGGUUUAAGCAAAAAAGAAAAUAUUGUACAUGACAAACCAAAGCCUCCGCCAAGGAAUAUAGACAUUACUGCAAUCCCUAAACCAAAGUCAAACAUCAAACAGCUGCAGGAACGUCUGCCAAGUGGAGCGACAGGUACACAAACAUCUCUUUCAGAGUCUGAAGGGAUUAAGAUUGUGAACGUUCAGAGAGAAUCUCAGUCUGUGUUUGAUGGACUGGCUACUAAGUCGAGCCUUCCCAGGAAAUGUAUAGACUACCUUCAGAGUAGAACUGCAGGAUUUGCCUCCAGUGAACAAUCGUAUGAGCGAAUAUAUUCUGACAGAAGUUUACCAGUGACUCCCAAAAUGUCAUUUUCCACAGAGCCUCUCUGGAAUCAGUCGACUGUCUCACCCAAUAUUGAGACCAGGAGAAGACGAUUUGGUUACAACAAUGAAACGAAAGUGGAUACAACAUUUCUAUCAGGACCUAAGGAAGAAAACAAUAUAAGGACAACUACAGGACAUUCAUUUCAACCAACCACUGCAUCAGAAAACAACAAGUCUCCUCAAAAACACAGAUUCUGGUCGAAGGCUCAGAGUCAAACCAUCCAGAUGGAUGUGAAGAGUGCAGUAAGUCAGUCUGAGUGUGUUUCGAAGGAUUACAGCUGCCAGUCAAGAGAUGCUGAUCGAAAAAUGGAGGUUCCUCAGCGUGCGCACCGAGUAAAUCAACUUAGGACAUGUCUGGUGGCACCUCACACACAGGAGGCCUCCCGACAUGUUUCUGUUGAGUGCACCACAUCAAAACCUGAUAUUAUAUCACCCAAACAUCAGUUCGAUCACAAACAGUCUCCCAGGCAAAGUAAAAGCCACAAAGAGGUGAACCUCAGCGACACCGGACUGAAUCAAACAGAUAUUUUUGCAACGUCUGACCAUGAUGGAGCACCCACAAAGCUACCAGAAUAUCCCUCAGAGAAGUGCAUUGUAAGCUGGCCUCCGUCUGUGGCACGCUGCCCACUCAACACAAACAGUUUUGGCGCCAGUUCAAAGGGGGGGUUUGACCUGCCAUCCCAGCCACAGCACAGAGUGUACCAGAGACCAGACCAGACAACAACAACAGUUACCCUUCCACUACAACAAGCAAAUUACUCUACAGCAGACAGAGCAUUUAUCAUGGAGGAAACAGAGGACCCAUAUUAUGUCACCAUGUAUUACCCGGGUUCAGUGUAUGUAGACAUGUCGGACGUAGUUCCUCCAGAAGUGCGACCCAAACCGGCGGUACCUGCCAAACCGCCAAACGUGGGGGCUCCUUCCCCCUCCAGCCCCUUCCCGCCCCAGGGCCCGGGCAUUGGAGGAGGCGGCGGUGUUUCUGCUCUCCCUCCGAGUGCCAUCCCAGUGCCCAUCGGGAGUCACGUCCCAGUGCACAUUAGCAGUCACGGCGGGAGUCACGGCGGGAGUCACGGUGGGAGUCACGGUGGGAGUCACAAUGGAGGUCACGCUCAUAGCGGCUCCCACAGCUCCGGCGGUGGAUCCACUUUGCUGGGGUACAUUGGUAUUGACACCAUCAUUGAGCAGAUGAGGAAGAAGACCAUGAAGACAGGCUUUGACUUUAAUAUCAUGGUUGUGGGUCACAGCGGCCUCGGAAAGUCAACUCUGGUGAACACAUUAUUCAAGUCCCAAGUCAGCAGGAGGAGCGCCGGGUGGGCCCGUGAUGAGAAGAUCCCUAAAACUAUCGAGAUCAAAGCAGUGUCUCAUGUCUCCGGCAGCUAGACGUCGAGUUCAUGAAGCGCCUGAGUCACUCGGUCAACAUUAUUCCUGUCAUUGCAAAGGCAGACACGAUGACCAUUGAGGAGAGACAGGAGUUCAAACAGCGGGUAAGGAAGGAGCUGGAGAUGGGCGGGAUCGAGUUUUACCCACAGAAAGAGUUUGAUGAGGACAUGGAGGACAAGAGCGACAACGACAAGAUCAGAGAGGCAAUGCCCUUUGCUGUGGUGGGCAGCGACAAAGAAUAUCAAGUGAAUGGCAAACGAGUUCUGGGGAGGAAGACAGCGUGGGGAAUUGUAGAAGUUGAAAAUCCCAACCAUUGUGAGUUUGCUCUGCUGAGAGAUUUCCUGAUCAGGUCUCACCUUCAGGAUCUGAAGGAGGUCACUCACAACAUUCACUAUGAAACCUAUCGUGCCAAGAGACUGAACGAGAAUGGAGGUCUGCACCCCAUAUCCACCAAUGACACCCAGGAAAGCAACCUGUAGUCAGUCAGGGGGCGUAGUAGUUCUGACAAAGUAAGAACAGGAAACAGUACAAUGAUACUGAUGCAGAUGAAACUAUAAUCAUUGUCACCGCAGCACGGCACCACGCUGCAUGCUUGGAAAUCCCUUAAAUCUGUAAAAAAAAUCAGUGUCGUUUUUCGACUUCAAACUCCACCCAUUCCCCUCUUCACUUACGUCCCCACACCAUCCCCACAAACACAUAUCAGACCCCCUCUUGUUUCAUUUCAAAGUCGUUCCUAUGAAUAUUUGAAUGACAGGACAGUCCCACCCAGAGACUUAGUGCCAUUAUAAAAUUAACAUUUUAUCUACUGCCAACGCCUUCUCAUUCAUCAUCGUCCGGGUAGUACAAGCUUAGAAAGUACCACAUUAUUAUGUGUAUAAGAGGUUUUAGUGUAGUGUAGCAACUGAUGCCUGAAUUCAGACACAUUAUAUGAUUUGCUCUACAUUUUAAAAUCAUAAUUCCUGUGUAGUAGUGAUGAGCUAGCCAGCUCUGCAGUUGACUCUGUAUAAAUUGCUUUUUUUAAAUUCUCAGCAGCGACUGUUCGUUCGGAGAAAGAAUCCCUGUGGUUUAACUGUCAGUAGGGUUUAACAAACAUUACAAGCUGUGCUGUCUUCUUUUACACCCACCCUCAACAACAGAACACAUUUCUGUUCCCUCGCCCUGUUUAUGUUUGAUUUUCCAUUUUAAAGUAGUUUAGUGUGCUCACACCUGCAUACUAAGUGCACUAUGUACUAUGAAGAAGUACUAUGAAAAGUAAUUCUCCGGGCAGCAGUGUGUAAUUAGUCCACAAGGUUCAAACUGCAGAUUCUGAUUCAUCGCAUACAACAGAUAAGUGGUUUUAUUAAACAUUAUAUAUUCAGAUUCUUAUUGAUUUUGUGACCUAUUUUGACAACUAAAUGGACAACAUGCACCCAAUUUUAAUGUUAAAGCCAGAAGCAUGUAAUUUAACCAGUACUGCAUUACUUUAUAGAAAUGAAAGAGUAGCUAUGACUAAUUUUAUAUACAAGCUUACUCAACUGAAAUGGGUUUUUUUUUAUUAUUAUUUGUUCAGCAAGGUUGAUUUAAUGCAUUUUCCUUCUCACCGAACCCACUGACCAUUCAUGAAAACAAUAUUUUUCUGACCCAAAAGAAAUACGACUGUUGCACUGGUGAACAGAAAAACAGACAGUUUGUAUUAUUUUUUCUUUGAUGUCUUGUGCCAUGCAAAGUUUCUGUCACCACUCUGAUGUGGUGACCAGUAUUUGUGGUAAUGCCAUUUUAAAAUUAAAUUCAUCCUGUUCACCACUUGGUGGCGGCACUCUGCCACGUAUGAGCAGUGAUUGAACAGAGCAGAAACGGGCACUUAGACCAGCUUUGUGUCUUCCGCUGACUGCUGAGAUUUGUAUGUACAUUUUUACACAGUCAAAGUUUUUCUUCUGAUGAGGUUUACAGAGUUUGGGUCCUCUACGGCUGUCAGUAAUAAUAAUAUAUCAAUCAGAUCCAGAUCAGGUUUACAAACUUUAAUAAUAUUAGCCUAAUGGUAUGCACUCAGUGUUGGUGUAAUUAUUCCAAAUCAGUUUAUUGAUUAGGUUGUAAACAUGUUUACCAACUUUCCUUCAGGAACUCAACAUUUAUACUGCUCUGCCACUUACUGUCUGCAGUAGAGGACAAAUAUGCCAAAACUACAAGAAAUUCAAAUUCAAUAAUCUAAUAAUAAUCUUUUUGUUUUGAAUCAUAAUUUUAUAAAAACCAUGAACGUGCACUUUUGAUAUGAAAUGUGAAGUCUGCAACGAACUGAUAAUAGUAGUCUGUGAUUGUGGUGCAGUCAAAGGUUUCAAGCAAAUAUUUGAAACAGUGUUUGUGUGUGCAUGCUUGUGUCCAUAUUGCCUGUUUGCUUACAGCCAAUCAGUCCACACAUCAAUGCAACUUUACAUCAACUUACCAACUAUUUCUGAAUGUGUGACGUGUACAUUAAAUUGCUAUAUCAUGAGGUAAAGCACGGCUGUCCUAACUCCUGUUACUAAAUCGACGGCCCACUAUCCACAUAUCACUCAUCCCUUUGAACUUCAACAGUGUACAUUUACUUAAUAACUACUUUUCUCAAAGUUGCUGUGACACAUUGAGAUAUAAUUUUCAGUGUUAUUAUUGAGUUAUUUAUACAUUAAUGUCUUCUUAUUGUAAUUUAUUCUUUAUUUAAUAAAAACACAUUCCCAUGUUUUUUGAA